AUAUGAUUUGGUAAUGCAUGCAGUCACUUGAAGUCAAGUACUGAUAGCUCAAACCUGUAUCUGUAAAUUGUAGGUCAAAAGUAUUAUAUUAUUUUAGCUACCACUUGAACGGGCGUUUGAAUAUUUAAAGGAAUACAGAUCUCUUCUGAAUACAAAUAAUAAGGUGAACAGGAUGGCAAGUAAUUGGCCAGUGUCCAAGGAAGUGGAGGAUUUCCUUCAGAAAUGUGACCUUCAUGACGACAAACAUCUAGAAAUGUACUGCAAUGACCACAGUCAGCUGUGCUGCAUUACCUGUGCUUUCCUAAAUCAUAGACAAUGUGCUAAAGUAACACUGAUAUCCGAGUCAGUCAAAGAACCUCCACCAGAUUUGCUGCUACUAGCAAGAAAGAUCCAAACUAUUCUUGAAGAAAUCAAGAAACUUCAGAAUCAUUGGGAUACCAACAUGCAGUCUUUGCAGGCUUCAUACGACAAACAAUUACAUGAAAUACGUGAAACACGCAACAAAAUUAAUAGUAUUCUAGACAAGAUUGAAAAAAACACUAUGAAAGAGCUAGAUGAUAAGUUGACCAAUCUAAAAGCUUCUGUCAAGACAGAUGCAGACAAUUGCAGCAAGCUUAAUAAUGAUCUAGAACAACUUAGUGGUGCAAUACAUGAUGUUGUUAAUAAAGGCAAUGCGGAACUGUCAUUUAUUGCAAGUAAGAAAUGUCUGGAAAAGAUUUAUCAUUCUGAAACAUAUCUGAAGAAGAACUCAGUUCAGGUUGAAAGUUCACUGACAUUCCAGGCCAACAGUGAUGCUCAACAGUGCUUGUCUAACUUGUCAGGUCUGGGCAAGAUUGUACUCAGUACCAAGACAGUGCUAGGAGACACAGACCAGGUAUUCACUGUACAAGAGAAGUCAGAGUAUAAUGUGAGCCUACCAAGUGAUUCACGGAUGAGAUUCACUAUUACUAUAUGUUUGCUAUCUGAUUAUAAGAUCCUUGUUGCAGAUCAUGAUAAUAAAAGAGUUAAGCUACUCAAUCAUCAAUACAAGGUGGUGGGUCAUUGUGAUUUAAAUGGUUAUCCAUGGGACAUGUGUAAAACUACAUCAAGUGAAGUAGCUGUUACUGUGGAUGAGAAUGACACGCAUGAGGUCCAGUUUGUCUCUGUCAAUAGUAGGCAGCUGGUUAAGGGCAGCAAAUUACAGUUUAAACAUAGAUGUAAAGGUAUCGCUCAUAAUCUGCAAGACAUGUUUCUCACUUCUAAUACUGCACUUUACAAGUACCAGUAUUCAAUGAAAGGAGCUCCAUUGAAAAAGUUGUAUGAAGAUACAUCAGGCGAUUACACAGUAUGCAGGUGUGCAGUGAGUCCUUCAGGUGACAAGAUAUUUGUCACCAACAAUUGCCAACACAAGGUCCUCACCCUAGCCAGAGAUGGCACAGUUCUCCACACCUUCACAGACCCCGACCUACAACACCCACGCGGUAUACAUGUGACUGCUCUGGGACAGGUGCUGGUCUGUGGAGGGGGACCAUACCCUAUCCUACAGCUGGAUGGUGAAGCCAAGAAGAAGCUGGCAAUUCUUGGGACCAGGGAAGAUGGCCUGAAUAGUUUACACUCAGUCUGCUAUAAUAGGAGCACAGCAUCCAUCAUUAUGGGACAAUGGGAUAGUAACAACAUUGUUGUGUUUAAAGUUAAAUAGUUUUGUUUGACAAGUUUCAGUACAAACAUUUUGGAACAUGUACUUUACAUGAAUUCUUUGCCACACCAAACUUGUAUUCAGUGUUACUGUAUGUUUCAUCACAAAAUUCACAUGUAUGAUUUAUUGUCUUGCGUAAUUAUGUCAAAUCAUGAAUAUGUUUGAAAAGGUACUUUCUUUAGUUAACUUUGAGAGCAUGGUUUUGAGAGCAUGGUUCUAUUAUUUAGUUUUAUGUUUCCAUGCACACUACUUGCAGGAUUAUAUAUCUUCUCCUGUAUGCUGAUGAUUCUGCAGUACCUGUUGCAGGUAAAAACCGGUCUUUCAUUGAAAAAGAACUGAUAGAUGAAUUACAAUAUGUCAGUCAAUGGUUAAUUGACAAUAAACUCUCUUCAUUUAGGUAAAACAGAAACAAUUCUAUUUAGUUCUAAACCUAGGUUAAAGUCAGGUGCUUCUAUCAAUGUAAGUUGUAAUGGUACUGGUAUUCAGUCAACUUCUUCAGUCAAAUAUCUUGAAGCUAUACAGCGCCCUCACACUACUUUGGGGGAAGGGGUCCGCAUCCCUUAGGAGGGCGAAUUUUUUGUAAAUAGGGGAAUUUUUAUAAAAAAACAACAACUGUGUUUAACUGUUAUAAACAUAUAUUUCUAUAUAUGUGACUGUCUAUAGGACAGAAAGGUGGACUUUUACUCAAUCUAAUGACUAUAUAACAGUAAUCUUAUUUAAAUGUGGGUUGGUUGGUAGGCUUUUUUUUCUUACCACAACACUUAAUUGAAUAUUUUAAUCAACGAGAAUGUCAUUCUUUUCAGGUAUGAGCAGUGUGAAAUGCAUGACGACAUAGUUU